AUGCUAAGAGACUCCAAACUUAAAGGAAUAAAGAUCAAAGGUGUUGAAGAUAAAGUCCUAACAUCCCUAUUUGCAGAUGACACACUAGUAAGCCUAGACAAAAAAGACGAUAAGAAAGUGAUGGACAAGUGCCUUGAUGACUUUUGUGGAGCAACCACAGCAAAAUUUAAUGAAGAUAAAACGGAAUAUUUACCUGUUGGAACCAAAGAAUACCGCGAAUGGGUUGUAAAAAAUAAAAAAUUGAACCUAAAGGCAGGAAAUGAAAUAGAAGCUACAGCAAAGAUUGUAUCAGAUGGAGAGUCGAUGAGACAACUCGGUGGUAGAAUCGGAAAUAGCUCAAAUGAAACAAAACAAUGGGAAGACAUUGUUAAAAGACAAGAAAAAGUCCUAAACCAAUGGAAGGGAGCGAACCUCACCUUCAAGGGA